AUGUGCUUGGGUUGUGCACGGACCCCUCCACCAGCUGCUGGCUGGCUAUGGACAGCCGCUUGGAGCACUUCCCUCGGCAAGCGUCAAUACGUGAUCGAUAUCCGGGUUGGACAUUAUCCUCAUGUAAACUCUCCACGAAAUAGUACUCUGCUAAACAGGGUCUGGUUCCAAAAUGAAAAGUGUCCUCAUCAGCCGGUUUCUCGACUCCGUCUCCGAAGUGACCGUGAGCACUGUGCCAUUUCCACAGCCAAACAACGAUGAACUUCUCAUCAAGAUCAUAGCUGCGGGUGUCAAUUUCGUGGACACUCUCUACGCCCGCGGCAAGCACCAGAACAACCGCUCUUUGGUUCGGCCACCCUUCACUCUUGGGCUUGAGUUCGCAGGUGAAGUCGUGUCUGCUCCAUCGAAUUCACCAUUUCAGCCAGGGGACGAGGUGUUCGGCCAUAAAACUGGCUCCUACGCAGAAUACAUCACGGUCAGCCUCUCGGAUGCCGAGCAGUUGGAUAGGGUGCCUCAAGGAUGGAAGCCCACUGACGCCGCUGGCUUGGGGGCCACUCUGCCCGUCUCCUACGGGGCUUUGCUAUUAGCCGGUGCUCCCAAGAAGGGCGCAACCUUGCUCGUGCACUCGGCCGCCGGUGGCCUGGGUGUUAUGGCUGUUCAACUCGGUGUUGCGUUGGGAUAUACAGUUCUGGGGACCGCGGGAUCGUCCUCGAAAUGCGACUAUGCCAAGUCAUACGGGGCCAUCCAUUGCUUUGAUUAUAACGACAAGUCCUGGCCACAACAUGUACUCAAAGCAACUGAUGGGGCUGGUGUCGAUGUGAUAUUCGACCCAGUGGGCCUCGUGGAUCUGAGCCUCAAAUGUAUCGCAUUCCAAGGCAAGUUGCUGAUCGUAGGAUUCGCGGGACGAGAAGGCAACAUGGAGAAAAUCGCAAUGAACAGGGUCUUGCUGAAACAAGUUUCCUUGAUCGGAUAUCGCUAUGGAGAAACCCUGCGGCGAGAUCCUCAGGAAAAGAAGCGCAUAUGGUCUGGUCUUGGCCCGCUCAUCGCGUCCGGGCAGGUUCAACCGACAGUGUCCAAGAUCUACGAGGGCUUGGAGACCGUCCCCCAAGCGUUGCAUGACCUUUCAUCCCGCAAGAUAUCCGGCAAGGCUGUCAUUAAGAUGAGCGAAGACGAGACAAGAUCGCGGCUAUAA